CUAGGCUGUGGUCACAGCUAUUGCCAAACAUGCAUCUCUAGGAACAAGAAGUCUGUGACCAGCCCAGGAGGGGAAAACAGGUAUUUCCUAUGUAGUAUCAGGAACUUAUUUGGAAAUACCAAAGCUAAUCAGCCUCCAGCUGACGUAGCAGAAGGACUCAGGGAAGUCAAGUUGAGCCCUAGCACUGUGCAAAAUGCAGGCUUAUGUGCACACCAUGGAGAGAAACUCCUACUCUUCAGAGUGGAGGAUAGGAAGGUAAUUUGCUGGCUUUGUGAGCGUUCUCAAGAGCACCGUGGGCACCGAACAUUACUCAUGGAUGAAGUGACCAAGGAAUAUCAGGACAAGCUCCAAGCAGUUCUCAAGAGGCUGAGGAAGGAACAAGAAGAAGCUGAGAAGUUGGAAGCUGAUAUCCAAGAAGAGAUCACUUCUUGGAAGUGUCAGGUAGAGACUGAGAGAAAAAGGAUACAAAUGGAAUUUAAUCAUCUUAGAAGAAUCCUGGACAGYGAGGAAGAGCGAGAGCUACAAAGAUUGGAUCAGGAGGAGAAGACGACACUGGAUAGCUUGGCAGAAGCAGAGGAUGAGCUGUUGGUGAAAGAGCACCUCUCAGAUCUAGAGCAUCGGAGUCAAUGGUCAACACUGGCGCUACUGCAGGACACAAGUGGAAUCAUGAAAUGGAGUGAGAUCUGGACUCUGAAGAAGCCAAAAACUGUCUCCAAGAAGCUGAAGACUGUAUUCCGUGCUCCAGAUCUGAGGGGGAUGCUGCAGAGCUUCAGAGAGCUAACAGAUGCCCAAUGCUACUGGGUGGACUUAACAUUGAAUCCAGGCAACUUAAAUUUGAAUCUUGCACUUUCGGAAGAUGAGAGACAAUUGACAAGCGUGUGUAUUUGGCCACUUAAGCGUUACGAUUGUGGCAUCUUAAGCUCCCAACAUUUCUCUCCAGGGAAACAUUACUGGGAAGUUGAUGUAUCCAAAAAGACCAGCUGGAUCCUGGGAGUAYACUGUAGAAAACGUUCUGCAAAGUAUGCUGAGAGAAAAGACGCAAAUCAUACAAAUGUGUCCUCCACAUACAGACCUAAGUACGGCUACUGGGUUAUAGGUUUACAGAAUAACUUUGAGUAUAAUCGUCUUUGAG